GGCUCGGUUAUUUUGGUGAUUAAUUCCUAUCAUUACGUUAUUAUAAAAGACAUUAAGUAUUACCGCAGCAAUGUAAGUAUUCGAUCGGGGUCAACAUUUUUGUAAUACAUUGUUACCUCCAGUCGUGUAGCAAGGUUCUUUCAACGGUAUCAAGUUUGGUGCCAUUCAAAAUUAUUAUUAUUUGUGUUGUCAAAAUAUUCCGGAAAUGCUUAUAAGGUGCAUAAUAUUAUGCGCUGUUUUGGUGCAAAUAAGAAGUCAGAAUUUUGGCAGGAAGGGUUUCUUCGAUUUGGACAACGUAAUAGGCAAUCUUUUUCCUAAUUUACAACCAGGUGCGGCGGGAAAUCCGUCGGCAAAUUACCCAGGUGCCCCUACUAAUUACCCAAUUAAUGGUGGUCAGACGAAUAAUCCCCAAGGAAAUAUUUGGAAUAAUGGAAACGGCAAUCCCGGAGUGAAUUAUCCAGCUAAUUCACAAUAUUACCCAGGCAACGGAAUUCAGACAAGGUGGCCUCCACGAAACCCUGGGAAUUUAAAUAAUUGGAACAACCCCGGUUCUUCCGCCGGGUUACCUUCUAACGGAAUACAAGGGAGGCCACAGUAUCCGGGAUCAGGAAGUAAUUGGAAUGGGGCUAAUUCCAACUACCCAAAUGUGCAGACUGUACCUGGCAAUGUACAGGAUAGACCAUAUCCAGGGCAAGGUUAUGUCGGACAAAAUCCAAGUGUGAAUUUUCCGGGAAAUAAUCAAUACCCCAAUAAUAAUAAUAACGAUAAACUGCAGAAACUUAACCCUAAUUAUCCAGGUGCAAGAAAUAAUUGGAAUAAUGGGGCUGUAAAUCCGGGUAUUAAUUAUCUUGGGAACACGCAGACUUAUCCAGCAAAUGGAAUUCAGGGUCCAAAUUCUGUUGCAUCUCAACCUUGGAAUCCAAAUAAUAGGCUACAAAAUUUGCAAACCGGAGAAACGGGGUUGGGACUUCAAAAUAAUCAAAACCAAAUAAACGCCCCCGGUAACACAUUUGAAGGUUUUCCGAAUGAAGGUCAAGCGUUUGGUCAACAAACACCUGGCUUCAACCGGGGGCCCGCUCAGGAAAGUCCUUUCAAUACUGGUUUUCGACACGAAGCUUUACAAUACCCCAAUCAAAGCGGGUUGACGGAUGAUUCUGCCAGUACUGAUAAGGUGGCUAUUUUAGGCCAUCCCGUGAUAAUAUCGAAUAUUACACCGCCAGCAGAAUUCAAAAGGGGACCUUUAGACCCGACUCAAUGUGUGCAAGACUGUCCGACGAGCACGAGGUAUGAGCCGGUGUGUGGAAGCGAUAAUAUAACUUAUUAUAAUCGGGAGAAGUUUGAAUGUGCUGUAAAGUGUGGUGUUGAUGUCAUGAUUGUAAGAAAGGGCCCAUGUGAUGCAUAAUGGUGUAACCAUCAAAAUAAUACAUUAAUAUUGUCAAUCCUUUUCUUAUUGAAUAAAAAUAAAAAACGUU